CUUUGGCACCCACCCAGAGCGAGGGAAACCCGACGACGACUACCUGGUUCAGAGAACAGGACUUCGAAGAGGAGGGGCUUGGAGGAGGCGGGGCCAAAGGACCGAGCGCGAGAAGACGCCCCGGCGCAGGCGUACUUCUUAGCCGGUAACUUCCAUUUGCUAGAUGGGGGAGGCAAGUGGAAAGCAGUCCACAGUUUUUGAAUUUCUGUUCUUAACCAAAAAUAAAAUUGUGAACAGUAGCGUGAAUAACUUGAGAGCCUUAUCCUCCGAGUUCAAAAUGAAGAACAUUUGGCAUCCACCGCUAAUGCAAGAGGUUGCUUCUCGCAUCUUCCCCGUCCCCUGGGACAUCGGUGGUCUAGUCCAUUCCACAGACUUUCGAGUCCUUGCAGCGGGUCGGUGAACGUAGGAUUGGGCCAAUUGCGACUGAAAGGUCUUUGGAAGGAAGGAGGGGGUGCGGGAGCAUCCCUUUGAGUUCCGCCUCUCCUUUUUCAAGACGGUGGUGGGGAAGGGCGACGUACGAAAUACUGCCCUCGAAAGCCUGCGGAUCCCACCUCUCCGUGCAAACUGCCCGGAGGGCGGCGGGAAAAGGGCAAGACGGGAGCAGGGAGAGGGAAGGAGCCAGGAAGCCGCGCGGGCGCGCGCGCGCGCCCCUUUUUCAGCAGUGUGGCGGGGUCGCACGCACGCCCGCCUCGGCGGCUGGGCGCGGUUUGCGACAGUGGGGGAAGCGGUGGAGGUGGCGGCGGCAGUGGCAACUUUGCGGCAAGCUCUGGCCGGGCUUGCUUGACGGCGGUGUGGCGGAGGCCCCGCCCUAGGCGGCAGGAACCUGGAGGGAGGCGGAGGAAUAUGUCCGAGAGGGAAGUGUCGACAGCCCCGGCGGGAACAGACAUGCCUGCGGCCAAGAAGCAGAAGCUGAGCAGCGAUGAGAACAGCAACCCGGACCUCUCAGGAGACGAGAAUGAUGAUGCUGUCAGUAUAGAAAGUGGCACAAACACUGAACGCCCUGAUACACCUACAAAUACACCAAAUGCGCCUGGAAGGAAAAGCUGGGGGAAGGGAAAAUGGAAAUCAAAGAAAUGCAAAUAUUCUUUCAAAUGUGUAAAUAGUCUCAAGGAAGAUCAUAAUCAACCAUUGUUUGGAGUUCAGUUUAACUGGCACAGUAAAGAAGGAGAUCCACUAGUAUUUGCAACUGUAGGAAGCAACAGAGUUACUUUAUAUGAAUGUCACUCACAAGGAGAAAUCCGGCUAUUGCAAUCCUAUGUGGAUGCUGAUGCUGAUGAAAACUUUUACACUUGUGCGUGGACAUAUGAUAGCAAUACAAGCCACCCUCUGCUGGCUGUGGCUGGAUCUAGAGGCAUAAUUAGGAUAAUUAAUCCCAUAACAAUGCAGUGCAUAAAGCACUAUGUUGGGCAUGGAAAUGCUAUCAAUGAGCUGAAAUUCCACCCAAGAGACCCAAAUCUUCUCCUGUCAGUAAGUAAAGAUCAUGCUUUACGAUUAUGGAAUAUCCAAACAGACACUCUGGUGGCAAUAUUUGGAGGUGUCGAAGGGCACAGAGAUGAAGUUUUAAGUGCUGAUUAUGAUCUUUUGGGUGAAAAAAUAAUGUCCUGUGGUAUGGAUCACUCUCUUAAACUUUGGAGGAUUAAUUCAAAGAGAAUGAUUAAUGCAAUUAAGGAAUCUUAUGAUUAUAACCCAAAUAAAACUAACAGGCCAUUUAUUUCUCAGAAAAUUCACUUUCCUGACUUUUCUACCAGAGACAUACAUAGGAAUUAUGUUGAUUGUGUGCGAUGGUUAGGUGACUUGAUACUUUCCAAGUCUUGUGAAAACGCCAUUGUGUGCUGGAAACCUGGCAAAAUGGAAGAUGAUAUAGAUAAAAUUAAGCCCAGUGAGUCUAAUGUGACUAUUCUUGGGCGAUUUGAUUACAGCCAGUGUGACAUUUGGUACAUGAGGUUUUCUAUGGAUUUCUGGCAAAAGAUGCUUGCAUUGGGCAAUCAGGUUGGCAAACUUUAUGUUUGGGAUUUAGAAGUAGAAGAUCCUCAUAAAGCCAAAUGUACAACACUGACUCAUCAAAAAUGUGCCACUGCUAUUCGACAAACCAGUUUUAGCAGGGAUAGCAGCAUUCUUAUAGCUGUUUGUGAUGAUGCCAGUAUUUGGCGAUGGGACCGACUGCGAUAAAAUACUUUUCCUAAUCCAAUUAGAGUGUGUUUUCUGUGUACAAUAGAAUUAAUGUAUCUUGCUAGUAAGGGCACAUAGAGCAUUUAGAGUUGUCUUUCAGCAUUCAAUCAGGCUGAGCUGAAUGUAGUGAUGUUUACAUUGUUUACACUCUUUGUACUGUCUCCUGCUCAGACUCUACUGCUUUUAAUAAAAAUUUAUUUUUAUAAAGCCACGUGUUAUUUUAUUUUUAUUGUGAUGAAAAGAAAUGUUGAAAGUAAUAAAAUUAUGCCUUAUCUUUUUGUAAC